AUGAAGUGGAGCGUGGCCCUCUUCGCCGCACUGGCAUGGGUGCAAUCCAGUCAAGCGCUGUAUUUCUAUCUUGAAGCGGGCCAGAACCGCUGUUUCCUCGAGGAGCUACCCAAGGAUACUAUUGUCGUCGGUGCGUAGAGCGUAGAGCGGACCCCUCGAGCUUCGCCGACGCCGCACGCGUCCUGUGCCCGUUCGAAUCGACGCGAGGACGCUGAUUCGUUUGCAGUCUUAUUCAGGCCAUUACAAAGCCGAGGAAUGGCAGGCCGCAACAAAAAGCUAUAUCGUCAACGACCAACUGGGCAUCCAAAUCGUCGUCUCGGUGAGUCUGCCGCGCUCUCCCCGGCGUCGCGGUCGGGAUGUGAGAUGACGUGUUCUCGAGAAGCGCGCACUCUCGCUGCUCGCCGUUUCACCAACUUGGGCAAAGCGUGCUGACCAACUCUCGCGGUGGCCGGGCGGCUGACCGUAACGGCAUUUCUCAGGAGGUUGAAUCAGGCGACAAGGUCGUCAAUACGCGCGGCUUACCUCAAGGCAAAUUCACCUUCACCUCGCACGAAGCUGGCGACCACACCAUUUGCCUGAGAUCCAAUUAUACAGGCGGCUGGUUCUCAACGCCCCAGGUGCGAAUGCAUCUCGACAUCGCCGUAGGCGAAGCCAAGGUCGACGAAGAAGGCGAGAGGGAACACGUCAAGGAUCUUGCAGGCAAGGUGAAGGAUCUGAAUCAUCGCCUCGCCGACAUUCGAAGAGAACAGCAGUUUCAACGCGAGCGAGAAGCCGAGUUCCGCGUUCUGAGCGAAACCACCAACUCAAGGGCGGUGUGGUGGAGCGUGUUGCAGCUGAUCGUGUUGCUUGCGACCUGCAUAUGGCAAGUCCGCCACCUGCGACAUUUUUUCGAGAGCAAGAAAUUGUCAGUCUGCCGUGCGCGUGCCGAUCUCACGCAGACGAUCACUUCUCGCUGACGAGGCCAAUUGCAACCCUACCUCUCGAUUCGACUAACAGGCGGUGAUCAACACCCUUUCGAUUUGCCAAGACGGCCAAACCCGGCGUCGUGUCUUUGCUGAUGCGUUUGGGACUUGGACUGGACCGGCUCGGUCGUGCGUCGUUGUGUCUGUUCUAAGUUAGCAAUGCAUGCCCCGCACUUUCAAUGCGCGCCCAGUAUGGAGUUGCGCGCCUUGGUGACGAUCGUUACGAGCAGUCAGAGUAACAAGUGA